ACCUCAGACGACAUCCCAAGUGGAUGAUUAACUUCACAAUGGCAGAACUCACAGUGGAGAAGGGCAGCUGUAUGGACUGGCAAAAGCGAUGCCUGGCGUUGGAAGCCCAGCUCUUCAAAUUUCGCUUGCAGGCAAGCAAGAUCCGAGAGCUGUUAGCUGAGAAGAUGCAGGAAUUGGAACAGAGAGUGAUAGAAGCAGAACAAAGAGCUGAGGAUGCAGAGAAUCAGGUCAGAGUUAUGGAAGAGAAGAUAAAACUAGCCCACAUGAAGACCGGUGAAUCAGACAGCACCCUGCACAGGAAAUACCAAGAGCUGAUGGGCACAGUGCAAGGAAAGGAGGAUCUAAUCAACAGAUUGGAGACACAGCUAUCAAAACAGAAACAGUUGAGGACUGAGGAAGCCAAAAUUAUUCAAGAGAAAGCUGCCAAGAUCAAAGAGUGGGUAACAUUUAAGUUGAGAGAGCUCGAGCUAGAAAAUUACCACCUGAAAAACUGUAAUCAGAGGCUGACGGAGCAAAUUGAAGCUCUUCAGGAUACAUUGCAAGAUAUGACCAGCAUUCUUCCCUUUGAAUCUCUUUGGACUUGUAAUUCUCUGAAGCCUAGAGCAUCACAGGCCUCUUUUACGGAGAAGAUAGAACAGAAAUCUUUUCUCCUUGCACCUGGUUUCAGACAGGUGUGUGAGACAGGACCUACCAAACAUGUCCUCACUACAGCAAACAUGGUCCUUGCCAAUGACACCUUUACUGAGGAUGGAGAGGAUAAAUCUCUGCUUUCCCAGCACACAAAGUUCACAUCUGACCCAUCAAGGUGGAAUCUCUCCACAGAGAAGGAUGUAUUCCCAGCCGUAAGUUCAGAGCACAGGUUAGGGUGCUCUGAUCCCACAUCACUGGACCCUCCAGCUGAGGCCACAAGAAUCCUUGAGGCUUUGACUUUCCAGUCAUCUUUGGAAGGAAACCAUAAUGCUGUCAGCACCUUCCAACAAGUGGCUUUGGACAGCACCCGCUUCUCCGAUGAUGUGAGUGCCAGGUUCUGCUCCCGCCGGCUGGACUCCUCUUCCUCAGGAGAAAUAAUGAGCAUGCUUGAGGGUCAUCUUCAAACUGCUGAGCCACCCCUGGCUGUGUCAGCAUCAGCUCUUACAGCACAUUCUUUCUGUCCAGGGAGGGAAUGCAGCCUGGGCAGUAGUAUGACCUUUCCAAAAAUACGAACUCCCAAUACACCAAGAGACAGUAUCCAACUAGCGAAGAGACAUUACAGCCAGCCACAGCCAGGGGCUGAUUCUUUCCGUCGUGUAAUGAGCUUAGAGGCUAGCACCUUCCAGCCCAUCACAGACUCUUCAGUCUGCCAAGGGCAAGCGAAGGAGACAGAUAUCAACAGUGAUGGGAUACUGGAGAAGAUGGAGACAGAACGUGGCCCAGUGAGGGAAGAAGCUGGAGCGUGUGAGGAAAUCAACCACUUAUCUGCAGGGGAAAGAGAAGCUGUGAGUUCUGAGGCUGGCGUACUUGACCCAGGAGGGAAACCUCCCACACCACCACUGCACAGAUUCCCAUCGUGGGAGAGUCGAAUCUACGCCCUGGCCAAGUCUGGCAUGAGGUUGUCUGAUGUAGCCACAGUGAAUGAUACUUCCAGCUGCUUUUCCAAUUUCUCGCGUUCAACUUCUGGGCCAUUUACCUGUCUCAUCUACAGAAAUGUCACAGUGCCAGUCUACACUACGCUGAAGGGGAAAGCCACACAGAUCAGCAACGUGCCUUUCUUAGACGAGUCUUCAGGCUCUGAUGAUGAUUGUGGCUCCCAUGCCAGCUUCAGGACUUCUGCUGCUGGAUCUGAGAACAGGAAAGCUAGCAUGCCAGGCAGCCCUCGUGCAGUAAAGAGAGGUGCAUCUAUGUCCUCAUUGAGCUCUGAGAGUGACUAUGCUAUCCCUCCUGAUGCCUGCUCCUUGGAUGGUGACUAUUCAGAGCCAGAACAUAAGCUACAGCGAACAUCUUCUUAUUCCACUGAUGGUGGAAUCUGCACUGAACCCAUGGAGAAAUCAGGUUACUUGCUGAAAAUGGGCAGCCAGGUGAAGAUGUGGAAGAGACGAUGGUUUGUUCUAAGAAACAGACAAAUCAUGUACUACAAGUCUCCAAGUGAUGUUAUCCGCAAACCACAAGGGCAGAUGGAGCUGAAUUCCUCAUGCCAAAUUGUCAGAGGUGAAGGGUCGCAAACAUUCCAGCUCAUGACAGAAAAGAGAACCUACUUCCUGACAGCAGACUCUCCCAACAUCCUGGAGGAGUGGAUUCAUGUCCUACAGAGUAUACUGAGAGUUCAAGUGACCAGUCCUGUUGGUGUUCCUCAUAGUGAAGCCAAACCUACUGUGAGAGGUUGGCUCACCAAGGUCAAGCAUGGUCACUCUAAGCUGGUCUGGUGUGCACUGAUUGGGAAAACUUUCUACUACUAUCGAAAUCAUGAAGAUAAGUGUCCCCUAGGGCAUCUGCCUUUGCGUGAGUCCAAAGUGGAAGAAGUAGACCGGUCCUGUGACUCUGAUGAAGAUUAUGAAGCCACUGGCGGAGGACUUCUCUCAUCCCACUGCACAUUGGUCAUUCACCCACAGGACCAGAGUCCCACGUACUUACUCAUUCGCACCAAACAGGAGAAGAAUACCUGGCUGUACCAUCUGACCGUAGCAGCUGGUAGCAGUAAUGCCACAGUGGGUACAUCGUAUGAACAACUUAUUGGAAAACUAUUAGAUGCAGAAGGAGACCCUAAUUCUCCUCUGUGGAAACAUCCUAAUUUGUGCUACAGUAGAGAUGGGUUGCACACAUCCCUCACCACUCUGCCAUCCGAGGCUCUACAGACUGAAGCUCUGAAGCUUUUUAAGUCCUGCCAGCUCUUCAUCAAUGUCCCUGUGGAAGCACCCUCUAUUGAUUACCACGUGUCCCUUGCCCAGACAGCCCUGCAGGUCUGCUUGACACAUACUGAGCUGCAGAAUGAAAUCUACUGUCAGCUUGUUAAACAGACCAGCUGCCGACAGCCUCAGAACCACUCAGUCAUUCAGUGCUGGCAACUCCUGGCUUUGUGUGCUCCUCUAUUCCUGCCUCAACAUCACUUCCUCUGGUACGUCAAACAACAUUUGCAGCGACAUGCAGAUCCCAGGAGUGAAAUAGGCAAGUAUGCCAUCUACUGCCAGAGAUCAGUAGACCGCACUGUGCAGACGGGCGAGCGGGAAGCCAAGCCCUCCCGGAUGGAGAUUGUGUCCAUCCUGCUGAGAAAUCCCUACCACCACUCACUCCCCUUCAGCAUCCCAGUGCACUUCAUGAAUGGAACCUACCAGGUUGUAGGUUUUGAUGGUUCCUCAACAGUUGAUGAAUUCAUCCAGCGACUGAACCAGGAGACAGGAAUGAGAAAGCCAUCCCACAUGGGAUUUUCUCUAUUCACAGAUGAUCCUUCUGGCAGGAAUUUGGAACAUUGUCUGCAGGGCAACAUGAAGAUCUGUGAUGUUAUUUCUAAAUGGGAACAAGCGUUAAAAGAAUUGCAUCCCGGGAAAUAUGAAGGAGGCACAAGAAUUGUGAAGUUGACCUAUAAGAACAGGCUGUAUUUUCGGAGCCAGGCCAAAGGUGAGACAGACCGGGAGCGGUUGCUGCUGGCUUUCCAAGUCAGCAGUGAAAUAGCCAAUGGAAGGUUUCCUGUUAAUAAAGAAUUAGCUCUGGAAAUGGCAGCUCUGAUGGCUCAGGUGGAAUAUGGGGAUUUGGAUCGACCAGGAUAUUCAAGUCCUGGGGGAACAUCACAAUCAAAAAUGCAGCAUCUUCUUCACCAGGUCUUAGAUAAAUUCUAUCCCAAACGCUACAAGCAAAACAUUACUCCUGAACAGCUCAGGCAACUGGCUGACCGGCUGGCGACAAAGUGGAUGGUGCUGCAGGGAUGCUCUCCACCAGAAUGCAUUCGAAUUUAUUUGACAGUGGCCCGGAAAUGGCCCCUCUUUGGAACCAAAAUAUUUGCUGCUAAGCCUAUUUUGCCUUCCUCAUUGGAAGACUGUCCAAUCUGGAUAGCUGUGAAUGAAGAUGGUAUCAGCAUACUGGAUUAUAACACUAUGCACUUGAAGGUCUCUUAUUCAUACUCCUCUGUGCUGACCUUUGGAGGCUGUAGAGACGACUUCAUGAUUGUAGUCAGUCAAAUGAAAGAAAGGAGCUCUGGAAAAAACAGCACUGAAAAACUCCUUUUCACAAUGGCAAUUCCAAAGAUUGUUGAAGCAACACUUCUUAUUGCCAGCUAUAUUAACAGCCGUUUGACACCUUCGCUCCUAUCCUCUACACAGCCCUCCCGAAGCAAAACAUCUGCCAACAAGCUCUGGGAGACUGAAAAUCGGUGCUUUUUCCCUUCCAUGCCCCGAAGCACUAAGGGGCCCACCCUGCUCUGAGGGCUCAUUCCACAUGACUCCAGGGAUUUGUUUUGGCUUGAUUGUUUGUUUGUUUAGUGUUUUGUUGGGGUUUUUUUGCACUGCUCUGUACUGAAUUGCAGACUGCUACGAUUUUGAUGGCUACACACCUUACUUUAAUGCAGGCUCUGAUUCUUUUUCCAUAGGAAUAGACAAAGUUCCUUAAUGUAGAGGCAGUGUCCCUGCUCUUAAAAUAUCUUGAACGUGGGGACUGUGCAGGCGUUUCCUUGCCAUGCCACACUCCAUCCAAAAUACCAAGCCUCAGGUCAUUUGCUUGCACAGUGCUCCAGUCACAUUCUCUCUGCUCUCUUUCCUCAUACCCAUUCUUCUUCCAUUUCCUGACCUUACCACUUUGCUUACAAGCAUGUAUGUUUUAUUUGAUCCCUCCCAUUUUCAGCUUUGCACCUGCCUUUAGAUGACUGCACACCCGGUGUCUGGAAUCUAAGUCCAGCUCUUAAAACCUCUAGUGACCUGUUUUCCCUAUCAUAGCCCCUUUAAAUUAUUCUUUUCAGUAAUCUUUUGUUUGCAUCCAUCCCUAACUUGCUCACUUCUUACCUGAAUUAGGCUGCAACCUCUGCAAGGCAGAUUUGAGUGGCAUGUAGGCUUGAAUCUGACUGCAGUGGGCUAAGCACACAGUCCUGUUUGAAGUAAAAACAGGUGGUAAUGGAUACUGUGGCAUGUGGCAGAAACCCAGUACAAGGAUGCACCCUGUUGAAUUCUGCCUGUAUCAGGAGCUGCGUAUCACUGCCUCAGAAACUAGAUACACACUGUUACCAGAGUGCAAAGAUUAACACGAUGUUGUCUGAUCAAGUAGUUUAGACAUAACUUCAGCUCUAUGCUCUGGUUGUGAAUAGCCAUAGUACUGAAGUUUUAACCAGCGUUUAAAUUCAAUGUUGCCACUCCCAGGACAACUAUUAAGACAGUCUUUUUGCAGAGACCAUAACAAUUUUUAUGCAACUGCUUAGCACAACCAAAACAAUUUAAUUUUCCCUUAGAGCUGUAACGACUCCUCCCUGAAACUGACGCCAAAAUUGAAAGACAGAAACAUUCCAAGUCAUUGCUCCAGGCAUGAAUGAAAAGAAGAUGUAUUUCAGAAGAAAGAGAAUCUAAACUGACAAGAAUAAUUAUGAUGCAAGUCAAGGAUAAUUUCAGAUCUGAAAUAAGGACUAAAGAAUAAGAGUUCAGUGGUACUCAAGAAUAUUUUCAACAUCAAAUAGAGGUGAAAACCUAGUGUCUUUGCAUGUUGAGGUCUGGACGACUGGGUUUGGAACAGUGUCAGAGGAUGCCCCAGCUCCUGCAGGACUGAUAGACAUUUCA